UACUCUUCUCUCAUUUUUUUUCCAGCCAUGAGGCUUCUCUGUCUCCUGCAGCUGGUCUGCUUGGCUGCCUGUAGUGGUUCCAGAUCCAGAGACUGGGCUCAGCAUGGUGCCCCCAUGUUCGCUGACCUCUCAGUGCGUGAGAUAAAAGCUGUCCGGGCUUACCUGCACAGUAUUCCAGAGCUGGAGCUCACUGCUGCUACCAGCAAGACUCUGCAGAAAAACAGCAUCCUCCUGAUAGAACUGCAUCUGCCAAGGAAGCAUGAAGCCCUAAGAGCUCUGGACCGUGGACAGGCCAAACCCCCACGUCAAGCCCGUGCGGUUGUCCAGUUUGGUAACCAGACCAUGCCCAACAUCACUGAGUACAUUGUGAGUCCUCUGCCAUCCCCAAACUCCCAUGAAGUCAAGACAUUCAAGGGUAACAAGCCUAUCUCAUUUGACUCGAGGCCUAUCACUCAGGCUGAGUACUACCAUCUUGAGCUAUUCCUUGAGCAGAUUGCGGCCACAGCUCACAAGCUGCUGUUUGAGACCACGGGAGGGUUUUCUUUCACCAACUGCUCCGACCGCUGCUUGACAUUCUCAGACAUCGCCCCCCGUGGGCUGGGUCCAGGUGAGAGGAGAUCCUGGAUCAUGUUGCAGAAGUUCGUGGAGGGUUUUUUCAUCCAACCAGUUGGGUUUGAGGUGCUCAUCAACCACAGGGACAUAGAUCCAGAGAAGUGGAGCGUUGAGAAAGUCUGGUACAACAGCAUGUACUUUGACAGUGUUGAGGAACUGGUGGAAAAAUAUGAAUUAGGCGGUGUAGAGAAGAUCAAACUGCCUGAACAUGACGACAGUGACCUCUACUCCACCUACAUCCCCAGGGGUAAGAGCAACACUCCCUCUGACAUCCAUGGUCCCAAGCUUGUGGAGCCUCAGGGACCUCGCUAUCAUGUUGACCGAAAUUUUGUUGAAUAUGCUGGAUGGUCCUUUGCCUACAGAGUCCGCUCAUCAGCCGGGCUUCAAGUCUUUGACCUCCGAUUUAAUGGAGAGAGGAUUGCAUACGAAAUCAGCCUCCAAGAAGCUAUUGCCUUUUAUUCCGGCGACACUCCUGCUGGCAUGCAAACAAAGUACAUCGAUGCUGGCUGGGCAAUGGGCGCCUCAACCUACGAGCUUGCACCUGGAAUCGACUGUCCAGAAAUCGCCCAAUUCGCUGACCUCUACCACUACUUUGACACGGACAAACCAAGGCGCCACAGAAACGCACUGUGUAUUUUCGAGCUGAACACUGCCAUGCCUUUGAGGAGACAUUUCGACUCCAACUACGACGGGGGAUACAACUUCUACGGAGGGCUGGAAAACAAUGUGCUGGUGUUGCGGACAACCUCGACAGUUUAUAACUAUGAUUACAUCUGGGACUUCCUCUUCUACCAGAACGGGGUGGUGGAGGUGAAGGUCAGUGCUACUGGAUACAUCCAUGCCACUUUCUUCACACCAAAUGGACUUCACUAUGGAACCAAAGUGUACAACCAUGUGCUGGGUAACCUGCACACACAUCUCAUCCACUAUAAAGUGGAUCUGGACAUUGCUGGUCGAGAAAACAGCUUUGAGUCAAUAGAUCUGAAGUUGGUAAACUUCACAAACCCCUGGAGCCCGAACCAUUUUGUCGUCCAGUCCAAACUCCACAAGACGGAGCACAAGACAGAGAGAGCUGCUGCUUUCCGCUUUGGCAAAAAGUUCCCCCGCUAUGUGCAUUUUUACAACCCCAAUGAGAAGAAUAAAUGGGGACACGAGAAGGGUUACCGCAUCCAGUUUAACUCACAUGCCCACAAUGUCCUACCAAGAGGCUGGAGGGAGGAAAAUGGCAUCAGUUGGUCAAGAUAUCCUCUGGCUGUGACUCGUCACAAAGACAGUGAGGCCACCAGCAGCAGCAUAUACACUCAGAACAACCCCUGGGACCCGGUCGUGUCCUUUGAGGACUACAUCCGCAACAAUGAAGAUAUAGUCAACCAGGAUCUGGUUGCCUGGGUGACGGUGGGCUUCCUGCAUGUGCCUCACUCAGAGGAUAUCCCCAACACAGCGACACCCGGCAACGCCGUGGGCUUCUUCCUUCGACCUUUCAACUUCUUUGACGAAGACCCCUCACUGGCGUCUAAAAGCACCAUCAUCGUCCGGCCGGGCAAAGGCAGCAAAGCCAAAAUCCAGAGGUGGACACCUGAGGUCGUAGGUCACUGUGUGACAGACAAGCCUUUCUUUUACAACGGAACUUAUCCAGGAGUCUAGAGUAUUUUUUUGUUUGUCUGUUUUUGUUUACAAAUGUGAUUUUGCUGCAUAUUAGUGAAAGGCAAAGGAGUAGCUCUGAUGAAAACUAUUUUCAGAUGUACAUAAAGUUAUUUAGGUUUUUUUAGAAAUCUCUUCAAAUCAGAAAAAAUAAGGAAGAUCCUUGCUGUGGCAUUUUUUUUAAAGUAGCACAAAGAAAUUCAAUGAUAUCAAGCAGAAGAGCAUUUCAAAAAAGGGAAAAGUCCCUUUUUUUUCUCUGUCGUUGCCUGUCUUCUGUCUUUUAAAUUAGUUCCAUAAAAUACUGGACUGUCUGACCGUUAACCUGUCUGUUUUAUGCUGUUCAAAAACAUGGACUGCAAAACCAAAUCAUGGUCAAAAUCAAACUUUUUCAUGUAACCUCGUAGGUAGAAGGGGAGGGAAGUUGUGAUAAGAGGGGUUUUGGGAGCUCUUCUAAUCCUGUGUUAUCGUCUCCAUGACUGAGGUUUAGCGGCAGCGAGCAUCCAGGAUGCAGGAUGCUCCGUAUCCGCCCUGCGUGUGGUAAACCGCUGGCUCUCAGCGUGCUCCGCUCACCCCCCGUCACGGGAAUGUUUUUACUGGAAGGACAACAGGCCUUACAGAGCAAACAGCCUGAGUCCGGAUCCUUCCCCCCAAACAGGAUACCUACUGACUGUGACACUGCCCCCGGUAACCAAACUUUACAUACAAUGUGACGCUGAAUAUCAGCUGCACAUGUAACCGCUUUGUCCUUUAUGCAAACAUUCCUUACAUAGCUGUGUUACUUGACAAUUCCUCAACUGAGCGUUUUUUCAAAAAGCAAAAUAAAUCUAACUGUGAUCAUG